UUAAGUUAAUUAGUUAUCCAAGUAGAUAGUGAUUUAUAAAUAGACUAUCAAUAAUUCAGAGACGAAACUAAUAAUUUACUUUAAAUUUAAAAAUAUUUUCAAUAAUUUUCCAUUAAAAUGUAUUAAAAUGAACUCCGAAAACCUUACUAGCUCCACCUCUGCAUGUACAUCCAGAAGCAACAGAAAGAAAAAGGAAAAAAAAAAAGUGAAUAAGCUUUUACAUUGCAGCUGCCUGUGAACAGUGAAAAAUGGGUCCAUAUAUAUUCAUUCCUUUAUAGCUCCCCUUUUUAUAUACUCUCAAAUUUAUACUUUUUUGAAAAAAAAUAAAUUCGACACGAUCCGGGUCAGCCGCUUCUAUUAUCAUCUCAUUUCUCUUACUUACUGUCACGUUAAUAUUUGAUUUUAAGCCACUAAUUUUAAAUUCUUCAUCAUCCAUCUUCUUACCUCCCAAACAACUGCGCUGCAGCUUUUUUCGUUUUCGGGAGAAGAAAAUGGAUGAUGACAAUCAGUAUGGUAUGAUGGAUCUAACGCAGUACCUAAAUGGAAGGCCUUUAUUUUCUUCAGUUUCACCAAAUCUGACACCAGAUUUAUUAUGUAGUAACCAACAUUUCGAUAUGUUAAUGACUUCUACUACUACUACAACUACUACUCAUGUGCCUCAACACGAAGACUAUUUUCCUCGUCAUCAUCAUUAUCAUUACCAUCACGGGUUUCAUCCCGAAUCUAGAACCGUGGUGGCAGGUAGUACUGUUAGUGGUGGGUGCGCGUUAAGCGCGAUGGAGACGGAGGGUGGAAAUGGGAGGUGGCCAAGGCAAGAGACACUUAAACUACUUGAAGUUAGAUCACAACUUGAUUCUAAGUUCAAAGAAGCUAUUCAAAAAGGUCCUCUUUGGGAUGAAGUCUCUAGGAUUAUGUCUGAGGAAUAUGGAUAUCAAAGAACUGGAAAAAAGUGUAGGGAGAAAUUUGAGAAUUUGUACAAAUACUACAAGAAGACUAAAGAUGGGAAAGCUGGUAGACAAGAUGGUAAACAUUAUAGAUACUUUAGACAACUUGAAGCUCUUUAUGGUAAAACAAGUAACACAAUUAAUACAAACACAUUUCAUCAAUAUCAAGUACACUACAAUCAACAACCUCAUCAUUGUCCUAAGGUAUCUGACGACAAUCUCUAUGAUUCCUCUGAUUCUGAUGACUCAGAUAAUUCGUCUAAUGAUGAUUCAAAGAGGAAGAAUAGUAAGAAAAAAGGGAAAAGGAGUUGGAAAGGUAUGAUAAGUGAUUUUAUGGACAUACAAAUGAGGAAAUUAAUGGAAAAACAAGAUAUUUGGUUAGAGAAAAUGAUGAAGACAAUUGAAGAUAAGGAAAAAGAGAGGAUUUUAAGGGAAGAAGAAUGGAGGAAAAAAGAGGAAAUUAGGUUAGAAAAACAACAAAAAUUUUGGGCUGAUGAGAGAGCAUGGAUUGAAGAGCGCGACGCAGUUUUAAUCGAUACGUUACGUAGAUUAAAUGGAGAAAAAAUCGUGAUGAAUAGUACUAUAAAUUAUAAUGAUGAAUAUGGUUCAAUGUCUUAUUGUAACAAGAAGCAAAAGGAAAUGAAUUCAUUGAGUUCAUAUUGUGAAACAUCAAGACAUGUGCCAAAUAUUCAUGAUACAAUGGAUGGUGGCUAUAUUGCUCGGAUUCUUUGAAAGUGUAGUAUCGCAUGUUUCAGGAUCUGACACAAAUAAGAUAAUAUUUCUGGAGAGUCUGAACAAGAAAAAGAGUUUGUGAUAGGAGGUAAGUAGUUUAAAUUUGACUAUGUUAUUUUUGUUUUAUUGAGGAUGCUAGUUGAUUAAUUUUUAUUUUUUUUGUGGAAUUUAGAGGGAUUGAAGUUGACUAAUUCUAGGAGAUUAGAUUUGGAUCUAUUUAUAUCUAAAUUUUUAAUUACUUUUAGACAUUCUUUUGAGAUUUUUUUCUUCAUAUUUGUUGGUCUGAUGUGCUUAAUUUUUCUUCAAUUUUUUUUUCUCUUUUUAAUUUGUUGGUUUAGUUUCCUCCUAGCUUCUAGUUGGAUUUGCUAAUCAUAUAAUUAAUCUUCAAAUGCCUUUUAAUAUUCAUUUUCUAACUUGAACAUGCUUGAAUAAUUUGGUAUUCUUCCUUAAUUAAUAUCACUAAUUUUCAAGGACUUUGUAAAGUGGUGAAACACAUCACACAAUAUUUACAGUAAGCUUUAAUUUCUUAUAACUUUUCUACACAUUAUUUAUAAAAAGAAAAGUCACACUAGAUAAAAUAUUUUUAGGAAAGUUUUUUAAAAUGUGGAAUUUGAAAUCUUAAAAAUGAGAUUUUGUUAUCUAUAUAUGGAACAGAUAAAGAUGACAUGAUAGUUUAUUUGUAUCAUGAUUUUUUAAUAAUCGUAGUUACAUACUCUUACCAACCCUUAGCAAUUGAAUCGAGUUCAUUUAAAUUUAAUAUUUUCGAUAUGGAUCAUAAAUGUAUGCGUAAAAAAUUAUUUGAAAUCAAUUCAAUGCUAAAUAUUAUUCAAGCAGUUUGUGUAUCUUAUUUUAAAAUGACUAAAAUCAUGAGUGAAUUCAAAUUAUUCUACAUACUUCAUCUUCUUUUUUCAUUAAGAAAAAAUAUCUUCUAUCAAGAUUUUUCAUACCCGGUAUCUAUAAUCAGUAGCGGAUUUAGAAUUUCCAUUCAGAGACGUUAAUGAUUGUUGGUAUCAACAACCAAAGUGGAUCUAUUAUUUUCAUUAACGGGUGUCAAUGUUUGUAAUAAAAGUAUGGCUAUAACACACGACCUAAAGCAAUUUUUCAAAAUACCUUAAUCAUAAGACUAAAAUUUUAACUUGUGUCAAGUAACGUCAAUACUUAAAAUUUAAUAUUUAUAUACAAUAUAAAUUUUUCACGAAAAAACAUCGCUUGACACCAUUGAGUACGGGUAGAUCCGGCCCGGCCCACAACUCAAACCCAAAUUCCAUUUCACCACAACUGUCUUUUAAGUUUAUAAUUGCUAAGAAAUUGAUACAUACAAUACAAAUAUUACUAUAUAUAUUCUCACCUCAAUGAAUUGUUUAAUCAAUGAUAAAUUAAUAUCAUUUAAGGGGGAGUAAAUAUUUAACCAUUUAUACUAUGGUUUGCAGGGCUUAAUUACAUACUAUGGUCAGAUUUUCCAAUUUGGAUAAUGAGGUGAAAACUAAAAUAAGUACCUUUGUUAUAGUAUAUCGCAGUUACUUGUCAAAUCAAUGCCAUCAUCCAUGCAUAUAAAAUAUUUCUUUCCUUUUUUAUGACACAAAAAUUCAUCAAUUUUUUUAUGAAUAUUUGUUUAGCAACUUGUUUGGAGUGAAUAUAAAUUGUUUU